CUGCACGGGGGGCCCGCCCGGCCCGAGCGGGGCGGCCCCCGCGGCGCCCGCGUGGCCGACGGGCUCCGCGCGAGGAGGCGCCCGCCGGGAGCAGCGGGAAUGGCCAUGCCCGCCCGCAGCCGAAGGGCGGCAGCAGGGGGCGCCCCGACGCCGGCCGCGGCGCUGGCGGCGGGCCUCGCCCUCCUCGAGGCCGUCGGCGGCCUGGCGCCGUGCCCUGGGGAGGAACCCCCUUCUGGCGACCGACCCGCCCUCGUCCUCGUCCUCUUCCUCCUCCUCCUCCUCGUCCUCCUCCUCGUCCUCCUCCUCCUCCUCGCCCU